GGCGACAGAGAUUGUGGAUGGACGCUUGUGAAAUUUCUGUGAUGGCGUAUAUUGAUCAACCGUUUCGCUUCAUGCUUCACAGAAUUGAUCCUUCGCGCUUGGUAGCGGGUCAGCUAUCCCUGAUGAGAUUUUGUUUCAGGACUAUAUGCUGGAGUUUGGUCGUAGUGUACCUUUGGGUAUAUAUUGAUUACUAAUUGCAGUGACGUUCGACGUACCGUGACAGCGGUGAUGGCCUUGAAAGAAAGGACGACUUUAUUCGUUCUCUCAAUUCUCUUUUACUUAUGCUCAAAUGCGUCAUGUGGUUGUAGCAUACUCAUCAAUAGACUUCGGUUUCCUCAAUCCCCAGCCGUGUUAUCAAUGGCGAAAAUAAGCACUUCUAGCUAUCUGAUGUACCAGGUACCCUUCACCUUCUUUCCUACCUUUGCAUUUCCUGUCGCUUUCUUCUUUGUCUCAUAGAUUCCUUGAUGGUCUUCUAGUCUUCUCCGGUAUUCUCAGUCUGCCCUAGUGACUUCUGUUGAAGCAGUCUAAGCAAGCCCCCAGCACUUCAAGUUCAUUUGUCAGGGGGAUGGUCUCCGAGGUAUUCUUGACGAGGAGAAACCGCGUCAGCGAAGGUGCAGUGUAGGGCACAGUAUGGAAGACAUGGCAGCACUGACGACGAGAUAGGUGGCAGCAACCAUAGUCUUGCGUCUA